AUGAUUGACUUAAGCUUCCUCACAGAGGAGGAGCAAGAUGCCAUCAUGAAGGUCCUUCAACGAGAUGCCGAACUGAAGAGAACAGAAGAAGAAAGAGUCAGACAUUUGCCUGAAAAAAUUAAGGAUGACCAACAGCUGAAGAAUAUGAGUGGCCAGUGGUUUUAUGAAGCCAAGUCUAAGAGACACAGAGAUAAAAUCCAUGGAGCAGAUAUAAUUCGGGCAUCAAUCAGAAAAAAGAAACCGCCAACAAUUGCCGAGCAAAGUCAGAACAGAGCAGCCAGAGUGAAGAAAACCUGGGUGAAUAAUGUCGACAAAGACAUCCUCCUUCCUUCAGAGCUGCUGGGUGUCAUGGAAGAGCAAGAAGAAGAUCUGGGCGGGCAGUCAGAUUCAAGGACCAUUAUCUUGAAUCCAGCUCCUCCCACGUCAGAUGAAGCCCAGGAAAACCCAAGGAAGUUAUCUUUGUCUCCUACAAAGCUAAGGAAGAAUCCAUUUAAUAGCUCUAUAUUACCAGAGGAUAACGUAUCUUUCCAUAUCCCAAAUGAACCAUCAGAAAAUGGACGAACUGGCUUACUUCAGACUUCAAAAGAAGAUGCAUUGCUUUAUUCAAAGGAAAACAAGUCCACCCCAUACUUUCCAGACCAAAGAUUAGAGGAACCAAGACCAGUUGUUCUAGGACCUGUAGAUGGGUCCCCAGUGAAGCCACCGAUCCCCAAAGCCAGGAAAUUUAUUUAUAAAAAUAUAGCUAAUGUACAGCCAGAUGACAACCAGUUUCUUCCUAAACUGGGCCAAAGAACAGAUUCCCUGAACAGCAGAAGUGCCCCCAGAGGGAUCCUAAAACGGAACUCCAGCUCCAGCAGCACCGAUUCGGAGAUUGUUCGUUCUAAUCCCACCUUGGAACCCAGAAGCAAAAACAUGCCAGCCCAGCUUGUUAUUCACGAGGGAAAUCCUGAAAAGGAUGAUUCCGUAGAGGAUGAAUCUUCCCAGAAUCCGCUGGAGCCUUUAAAACAUGUGAGAUUUUCAGCAGUGAAGGAAGAAGUUCCUCAGGGUCCUGAGCUGAACCACGGCAGGGAAGUGGGAGAGUUUAGCCUUUUGGAGUCUGACAUGCCCAGGAGUGGAAUGGAAGGUGCAGGUGACUUUCAGGAGCUUCCAAACAAACCUGUGUUUUCCAGAUACAGAAAACCAGCCCAACAUAUGAGUCCAGCCUCUGACUCUUACCAGAUCAAUGGAACUAGCCCAUCAACUGAGAACAUCUAUAAUCAGAAAACCCAUCCUCAUUCAGAGAUUUUAACCGAAAGACAAUCUUUCAGUGCGGACUUGCCCUCUAACAGAGAGUCCAAAAAGGCAUCAUCAAAGCGGUUGAGCCUUGAAUCAGAGUUAUGCAAAAACCCUGCUGAUGAGCGUCCCCAUUGGGUUGAACCUGAAUCACCUCAGGUACAAGAUCUCAGGCAUUCUACCGAUCAUCAGCAAGGUUCAGAAGAAGAUUCAAAUGCUGUUUUGAAGGCUUUGAAAAGGAAUGCUGAUAGGAAAAUGCCUUCCCAAAGCCUAGAGGACAUUCCAUCAGACACAUCAAAUCAAGGCAAAGUAGAUUUUCUGCCAGAAGACUUAGUGCGUAGUGCUGAAGAUGAUCAGAAAACAGAUCAGCAACAAGCUGCAAAUGAAUACAUACCAGGAAUUUCCACAGUGCCUUCACAUCCUGAUAACCAAUUUGCACAUCCCGAAAACCUCAAAAGGAUGAGCAAGUCUGUUCCAGCAUUCCUCCAAGAUGAGAGUGAUGACAGAGAGACCGAUACCGCAUCAGAAAGCAGUUACCAGCUUGGCAGACACAAGAAGAGCCCGAGCUCUUUAACCAAUCUUAGCAGCUCCUCUGGCAUGACAUCACUGUCUUCUGUGAGUGGAAGUGCCAUGAGUGUUUACAGUGGAGACUUUGGCAAUCUGGAUGUUAAAGGAAGUGUUCAGUUUGCCAUUGAUUACGUGGAUUCAUUGAUGGAGUUCCAUGUUUUUGUGGCUCAGUGCAAGGACUUAGCAGCAGCAGAUGUUAAAAAACAGCGCUCUGACCCAUAUGUAAAGACCUAUUUGUUACCAGACAAAGGCAAAAUGGGCAAGAAGAAAACACUUGUGAUGAAGAAAACCUUGAAUCCUGUGUAUAAUGAGAUAUUGCGGUAUAAAAUUGACAAGCAGAGCCUGAAGAAUCAAAAACUGAACCUCUCCGUCUGGCAUCGGGACACAUUCAAACGCAACAGUUUCCUUGGGGAAGUAGAACUUGACCUGGAAACGUGGGAUUGGGACAACAAGCAGAACAAACAACUGAAGUGGUACCCUUUGAACCGCAGGACAGCACCAAUUGCCCUUGAAGCAGAAAACAGAGGUGAAAUGAAAUUAGCCCUCCAGUAUGUCCCAGAGCCAUUCUCAGGUAAAAAACUUGCUACAACUGGAGAAGUGCACAUCUGGGUGAAGGAAUGCAUUGACCUACCCCACCUCCGGGGAAACUACCUGAAUUCUUUUGUCAAAUGUACCAUCCUGCCAGACACGAGUAGGAAAAGUCGCCAGAAGACAAGGGCUGUAGGAAAAACAACCAAUCCUAUAUUCAACCACACGAUGGUCUAUGAUGGUUUUAGGCCUGGAGAUUUAAAAGAAGCCUGUGUAGAGCUGACUGUCUGGGACCACCACAAAUUAACUAAUCAGUUUCUAGGAGGACUACGGAUAGGCUUUGGAACAGGUAAAAGUUAUGGGACUGAGGUAGACUGGAUGGACUCUACUCCAGCGGAAAUCUCUCUGUGGGAAAGGAUGGUGAACUCACCCAACACGUGGGUCGAAGACAUCCUCCCACUCCGGAUGCUGCUCAUAGCCAAGCUGACUAAGUGAGAGAGAGCUGAGCCUCUCAAGGCCCAGGGGCUCCAUGGAAAAACAAUAUCCUCGUUUCCCUGCAUUAGAAAGUGCAGAACAGGUGGCAUCACUGGAAAUGCCACCACGUGGACAGAGGCCAUCGUGUAACUUCCCUUGACAUCCAGGGCAUGUUGAACUGCUAACCCGCAUGUGUCCUUAUGUUCCAAAACCAGAGGAAUUUGAACAGCGAGCAAAUAUAUGAUCGAGAUGUUACUUGACAUUAAAAGAAGCCCCCUAAGUAAGGCCUAUGAUCUGCAUGAACUAAUGAUGCUGCUUCAGAAGGAAAGCUGCCAAAGAAAUGGGAAGUGUGGGGUAGUGCUGCAGUGCUCUGUCUUUUCUGUAUCUGCCAAGAUGGGCUGCAUUCCCCCUGUAUCUGCUGCUUGAUCAUCAAAUAUUCCCUUGUUAGUUAUAGAUGUUUAGGGUAUGGAAAGCAGUCGAUGAUAAGGGAAGGUAAUUAAUUAUUGUUCUUGUUAAAAAUAGAAAACAAGCACAAUGAUAAGGACGUUGGGGAUGAGACAAAGGCUUGGCCACAUAUAAGGUGGAAAUCUAGUGGUUACAUUCAGAGGAAGGAUUCCGUGUUCAAUGAUGCUAAAUGUUUUGAUGGGUUAUGUACUUAUCUGGGAAACCUUCCUUUUAGACAUAUUUAUAUGUAUAUGCAUACCUAUAUACAUAUGGAGGUUCCUUGAGUGCGUAAAACAAAAUCUUAGAAGUAUGGUGGUGCCACCCACUGGACACAGAUGGAACUUCAGCCAAAGUUUUACUUAAAUAGGUCUUAAAGACAAGUUUUAUAAUAGCGUAUGUAAAACACUGAGCCUGUAAGGUUCUGUCCUUGUAACUGGGCUAAGUGAAAGCAGUGUCCUUUGGUUAUAUAUAGAUAUGCCUAGGAUUAGAACAUAACUGCUAAAUUAUACUAUUCUUGUUUCCUGUGUAUGUGUAAUUUUAAUACUGUAUUUUAUAAAACCUUUAGUCUUCAAAAUAAAUUCUAACAAGACUUCA